AUAAAACUUGUUGACUAUGACAACAUUAUCAAAUACUUCAGAUUAUGAUGAAACUAACGAUGAUAUAGUAGCUGAAUAUGAAAAUCAAGAGUCGGAUGGACAUCAGGGUAAUGUUGAAAAAUAUUCAGAUUCAGAAAAUGAAGAAAGUAAAGAAGAAAAAAAUACUAGAAGAAGAAUUGAUCCAGCAACAUCAUCUAAAAAGCAUAUAAUAAGAAAUCCUCUGCCCAAAUUAAAUACAGAACGUUUGAAGGGUCCUAAGGGAAUUCAUACGAUUGAAAAAUAUUUUGAAGGCUUUAAGUUUCAUGGGCAAGGAUAUGAAAAGUUAGAUUUGGAUAGAAUUAUGAAAAGACUGGAACAUUGGGGUCAUAGACUGUUUCCUAAAUUGGAUUUUGAUGACUUUUUAGAAAAGUUAGAGAAAUUGGGUACUAAAAAGGAUCUGCAAGUUUUUAUAAAAAAAUACAGAUUAGACAUGAUUAAUGAAGAUACUGAUAUAAUUAAUCAGGAUAAAAUAGAUACAGAAGAAAAUAAAGAGCAAGAUGAACCUAUUGAUGAAUUUGAUUUAUUAAUUGCAGAGCAAAUAGAAAAACAAAAGCAAGUUAUACAUCAAUCGUCACUUAAUAUAUCUACAACUAACAAUGAUGCAUUUGAUAAAUUAUCAGAGUCUAAUACCAUAAAUUCUCAAUCCAUGACUAACACUAUUCCUUCUUCACAAUUAAGUGAUGAAGCAAAAGAACGUAUAGAAAGAAACAGACAACAAGCUAUCCAAAGAAGACUUGCAAGACUUAAAGAAGUGAAAGAACAAGCUAAAAGAAAAAAAUUUGAAGAAAUUGAAAAUGCACAAGCAGAAAAUAAAAAAGCUUUGUAUUUAGAAGAUGAAGAGAUUGAAAGUAAUUCAAAAGAAAUGAAUAAAAGUCAUAACUUUUAG